AUGACUUCGGUACAGGAAUUUUCAUGUAUAUUUUGCAAGGAAGCCUUCGAAGAUAAAGAGACAUUACAAGAACACUUCAGGAAGCAUGGAGAUCCGAAAUUUGAUCAAACUGCAAAAGCUAAAGUUCGGAAUCAGAACGAAUCGCCGACGUCCAUUGAUACUGCAAAAGACGACAAUGAAAUGGUUUCAUGUGAUGUAUGCCCCGAAGUGUUUCCCACAAUAUCGAAAGCGAUAACUCAUAAACACAAAGUGCACCCAGACCAUGACGCCAAGUAUUUUUGCCCAUGGUGUGGCAAGCUGUUCACUUUAAAGCAUCUUUUCAACAAACAUUUGUUGUCCAGUCAUGAUUCUUCCAGCUUUGAGGUAACUAACAAUUUCCAUUGUGAUUGUUGCGAUGUGGAUUUCUAUAACACAUCAGCCAUGGUUUAUCAUAAUAAGUUUUAUCACAGACAGGACACGGAUUUACCUGUCAUUGGUCAUUCAAAAAAACUAAAAUUAUUGAAUCAGGAAUUAGUGCAAAUCUAUUAUUGUCCAUUUUGUGGCGAGGAGUAUAACAACAAAGUCAAUUUACAUAAACAUAUGACAGAUGAUCAUAAUGAUGAAAAUCAAAGCCCUGAAGAUAUACUUAGGUGUCCAUUAUGUGAAGCUAUAUUUUACCAUUUAGAUGCUUAUGAAUUGCAUCUUACAUUUCACUCAUCUGAAGACUUGUACAGUGAAGAAAAUGAAAUGCUUAAACAAAUAGUUGAGUUUUCAUUGGAUACUAUACCUCCUUUAAUAGAAAAAGCGGAAAUUGAUGCAAUUGACGAAGAUAAUGAAGAUUUAAAAACAAUUGGAAUUGACCAAUUUCUUCAAUUGAGUAUGAGUAAAGAUUCUGAAGAAGAACAAAUGGAACAAACUGAGAAGAUAAAGGCGAAAAAGCACAAGAAACAUAAAAAAUCUAAAAAGGCUAUUACACUAGAUGAAUUCCUAAAUAUGAACGCAGAUGUUUUUGGUGAAGGUUUGAACUUUCAGGGGAUAGAAGAGGUGCCCACCCGCGUCGUUGCAAAACAGCUUAAACCUAAAAAAGAACAAGGAAUAAAAAAUCACGAAAAAAAAUUAGCCUUGUCUUCUGAUAUUGAUAAAUUAAAGAAACAAGGUAUAACUAUAAAAAUGAAGCCCGGAAAAAAGCCAGAUCCUUCUAAAAUCACAGAACAAUCAAGUUCUUCAACGACUAAUAGAGCUAAUCCAAUCAAAUCGAAUGUAAUAAGUACUUCCAGUGAAGUACUGUCAAAACUUAUGAAUCAGAGUAACAGUCAAAUAAAAAUAAUGAAAAAGCCUACAUUGAUGAAUCAAAAUGUGGAUCAGAAUGAAAAAAGAAUAACUAAAGCAGAAACAUACGUCAAACCCCAAGAUGUUAACACUUUUGAUGAAGAAGCAAAUCAACUUGAUUUAAAGAAAACUAAGGAGAUAGAUAACAAACAUACAAUAAGUGCAAUAGAUGAAAAAUCAAAUGACGCUUUAUCUGUAAAAUCAGACGUAACAGCAAAAGAUAUUGAGGGAAAUUCUCACAAAACUCUAGUUUCAACAGAUACUUUACUUGAAAAUUAUACAAAUUACUCAGCACCACUUAAUGAAUCUUUAGAUAAUGGUAACAUAGUUUAUAACAAAGAUAACGAAGAAGAUGUUAAUGCAAAUGAUAACAAAAAUGAUACAAUUAUAAAUGAGCUAUGUCAAAUUUCAAAGACAGAAGUCAUUCAAGAUAAAAAUCAAUACACUAUUACAUCUGCAGGGCAAACACUUAAUGACUUUGAAGAAGACCUUUCGAGUACAAAAAUACUACGAGCACACACCAAUGAAAUUAAUGAGAAGAAAUUUGCAGAGGAUGAAACUAUUACUGAUCCUUCUCAAAAUGUUACAAAUGAUACUUUAAAUGCUAUUAAACACCUAAGUCAUCUUAUUACUGUUAAAUCUAUCAAUAAUUCGAAAUCAUCACCGGUAAGAAAAGAAGACUAUCCUUUGAAUGAUAUUAGUCAGGAUCUAGCUGGAGAUUGUCGCAAUAAAAUAGAAGAUAAAAAGUCAAAGAAUAAUAUUGUUGAUAUAGAAACUAAUAUAGGAAUUAAUAGAUCCGGGAACCAGAAAGAAUCGGAACCUAAGACGUUGGAAGCUUUAAAAAAUAUAGGACAACAUGUUACAAUUAAAUCUCUAAGCUCACAAGUUUCAUCGCCUAAAAGUAUAGUAGAGAAAUUCAGUGAUGACAGUGAUGAUGAGAAAAAUAAUGAAGCAGAAAAUGUAGAAUCUACAUAUAAAAGUUUAGCAAAUAAUAUUGUAGGUAGAAAAGUCGUUAAUUUGAAGAAUCAAAACAAAUUAGGGACGAUAACAAAAGAUUCACAAAUAGAAAGUCCUACGCAAAACACUACUAAUAAAGUUACAAUAAAGAACACAAUAAAUAAGGAAUCACUACUGGAUACAGACGAGGACGUAAAUAAGACUAAGGCAAAUACAGAUCUUUUGAAACGUUUAAGGAAUGUUACGGCAAAAACAAUUACAUCGAAAAAGAACAUUAAACAAGAACAUACAAUUCAAACUUCGAUGCAUGUAACAAAUUUAAAAAAAGGCAAUAUUACUAAAAGAGUAACGUCAAAGCAAGAAGUAAAUGAAGAUAUUGAGAUUUUUAAUAUUGAUGACUCUGACAGUGAUGGCCAAGAUAAACAAGAUUUUAACAAAACGAUUGAAACAACUAAAUCGUCGAUAAAUCCGGUAAUGGUCCACAAAACAGGCAAUGUUAGUUCUGAAUUCAAUUCUCAUGAGGCUUUACGAAAUCUCGGUAAGAGUAUAACUGUAAAAGCGGGAAACCAAUCAGUUAAAAACCAAAGUAAUUUUAAAGACGAGGAAAAUAUUUCAGAACAUAGUGGUACAUUUACAGACGAAGACGAGGAUGUGGAUUUUAACAACAUCAAGGAAAAAAAACCUAUGAAUCAUUCCAUAAACCAAAGCAACAAUAAUUUGCAAUCGACUUUAAAAAAUCUUGGAAAACAUAUAACGGUAAAAUCGAAAAAUUCGUCCCUCAAUUUACCUACAAGAAAACCCCAAGACAAGAAUUCUCAAAAUAUUAAAAUGAUAUAUAAAAAAGAUAGUGAAAGUGACUCUGAUUCUAAUGUUGGUAAAGUAAAAAUAACUGAAAUAACAGAUAAUGUCGCUAGUGAUAACGAUUUUUUUUCGGAUGAAGAUGAAAACAAACAUAAUAAAAAUUUCUCUAUACAAUCUCCCAAUGUUACUUAUAGUGACAUGGAAGAUGAUUUUGCUGAAGAAGAAACCAAUGAAGAAUUUUCUGAUGGUGAAAACCACAGCCAUCAAGCUAAGGUAAAAAUGAAAUCGGAUGAAAUUACUUACCAGUCACAAAUAUCUAAUUCACAAACAAGUGAAAGUCAAAAAUGUCCUUUAAAUAAAUUUCAGACAUUUAAUAAAGAAAUCACAAUAAGGCCAUUAAAAGAAAAGAAAUGUACUAUAGAUACGGAUGCUGAUACACGAGGUACAAAUAAAGAUGCUUCCGACAUCCCAAAUAAUCUUAAAGAUUCGUGUGUUAAACAGUUCAGACAAAAACAUAAUAUGAAACCUGAUAACCUUCCAACGACAGCAGCAAGUCAGACACCAAUAAAUGAAAAUAUUGGAACAACAGCCAAUCAAGUGAACACUGUAAACAAAGAAGUAUCAGUCAAAACAUAUGAAUCACAAACUGUUAUCGAAGAAAUAACGACAACUGUAACGAAAACGAUAAGAACUGUGAAUCAGACUGUUAAACAAGAAGUGAAAAAUACAGGCCAAAUAAACUCUAAUGCUACAUUUAGACCACAGAAAAUUCUAAAUUAUAGUCAGCAAGGCAAAAAUACACAUAAUGUUACAUUUAGACAUCCAUCUCCCAGCAUAGGAACUAAAAUAAAAAAUGCUACUACUCCAAUUAGACCCACAAGUAAUACAAAUAUUAGACCUUCAAACCAGUUAGUUCCUGUACGGACAGGGUUAAAUUUGACAAAACCUUGCAAUUCUACAGUGCCAAAAAUAAGAAAUAAAACUCCUUCCAAACCAACUAAUCAAAAACCAGUAACAGGAAGAGCGCUUAAAAUUUCACCACAAGCAAUGAACCAAUCAAUGAAAAGGCCUUCGGUGGAUACAUCUGGAGAGUUGAGUUGCUUUAAAAAGCCUAAGGAGGCAUUUCCACUUGAAAUACCAACAUAUAAAAGUGAUCAAGAUGGAGAGGCCACCGUGCAUUUCUCGGCAUCUCAGAGCAGAGCUGAUUUUACUAGUACUGUUAAGAAUGUACAAGGAAAAUCCGUAGUGACGUCCACACAAAUGAAAUCGGAAAUGAGUACGAGUUCACAUUUGAGUAAACUUGGUAAAAUGUCUGGUCUAAAAAUAGUGAAAACUAGUUCAAAACAAGCCACGCAAGUUGAAGAGAGAAUAGAAAGUUGUGGAGCUAAAAGAACUAUGGAAGCAUUGCAAAAGUUGCAGAUGCAAGGUCUUUUGGUAAAAAGACCGCGAACAGACAGUAAUGAUGAUAACGAAUAUUCCAAUUCUGGUAGUGAAACCGAGGAAGCUAAUGAAUAA